AUGCUACACAAUGACCCAUCCAGUUACGUCCAGCUGGGGGCGUACUCCCCCAUCGUCCUCCUCAACACCCUACUCUUCUUCUGCUGCAAAUACUUUGGCUUCACCAAAGUGGAGCAGCACCGCCAGCUGUCCUUCACCCAGCUCACCUGCUGCACCAGAACCAACCUGAACCACACCCGGACCACUUCCCUGUGCUUCUACCCGCCCACAUCCACUGAAGCUCAGCCAGACGGAGUUCCCGCUAAAAAACGUAAGAAAGACAACGUGGAGAAUGUCCUGGAGAUGAUGGAGAACCUGGAGAACCCGCUCCACUGCCCGGUCAGACUCUAUGAGUUCUACCUCUCCAAGUGGUGA